AUGAUAAGCAGUGUAGAUUCGGUAAAUGCGUUUUUAUUAAAAAUUGGUAGAAAUUCUGCUAAUAUAUGUGCAUCUAAGUUUAAAUCAUGGAGCGAUCUUUUUACUCAAACAAGUAUGCAAAUGAAGAUUAAUGGGAUAAAUACAAAAACAAGGAAAUAUAUAUUACUCUGGAGGGAAAAAUAUAGACAAGGUGAAGAACUUUGUGAAUUGCCUAUAAUGAAAAAAGUUGGAGGUGGUGAAAGAAAAAGGCUUAAAAAUAAGUAA